UUGACAAGUCUCAAGAAAUGAACCGCCAUACACCGACACCCUCAUCCCAUCUCACGUCCUCUCCCCCUCUCUCGUACACCUGGUCUGACACAUCCGGUGAGAACGACAUGCGACCCCGCGAAGGCAACCGCGCUCCCAGUACAAGCACAUCAGUGUGGUCCGACGAAGGUACUGCUGUCCCUCGACAUGGCGAUGGGGAUGAUGAUUACGGGUAUGCCGAUGAGGAUGGUCAUGAACUGAAAGGAAACGGGGUGAAGGAAGGGAAACUGAUUGACUAUGACGACGAGCCGCAACCGCAUCAACGAGAGAUGGCGCCGGGCGAUAAACUGAGAGAUUUGCUACGGCAGAUGGAUGAGGAAGUGCGUCGGGCAGCCCCAAGCGAAUCAAAGGAGACGGUUGUGGCUCGUCAAUGGAUGGGAUAUACAAGGCCACGCCAAUUUCAACCGGACGCUCGUGACGAAGAAAUAGAGGAGGAAGAGUUAGAGGAGGACCAAGAAGAGAUGAGAGAAGGGGCAUCUCCAGCGAGAUCGUCUUCUGUCACGGAACAAGAAAGCCCGCCAACUCCUCCGCCGAGAUUUGGAAAUCCUUAUUCUAGAAGGUCAGAACGAAGAGGAUCACCUGCUUUUGCCCAGGGCAGAUUACCCUCCAGAGCGGCUGUGUUGCUUCAAAGCACAUCUCAUAUGGACGAAGGCUUGCGAGCAGUAAUAGAACCCGAACCAGAAGCCAAACACCAACAAAAAUCACCACCGUCUCAGCUUCACGCAUAUAUUGCCUCCCAUCCUGAGCUUCGCUCAUCAUCAUCUUCACGAACACAUCAACCCGUUCCGCAGUCAUCCCGCUCAAGGAGCAAGAGGAAAGAAAAAGAGAUAGAACAGGAUUACGAAUCCGAACACGAACCAAGCUCGCCUUCUCGGCAUCACUUUGAGAAGGAACUAUCCCAAUCUGCAUCUAGACGCCAUUAUCGUACAGCCUAUUCCCCGUCCCGUGCCUCCCCACCAUCAAAUGCACUACCAUCCACCGCUUCAUCACACCGUUACCCAACCUCACCUCGGCCCCUUGAACCCAAAUAUCAACACCGCCCUAUACCACCAACUCCGCGCCGAUCAAGUAUAGAUCCCCUACCAUCAACCCACGAUGAAUUUGCGAUGCAUCUCAAAGGACUGGAGGUGAGAGCAGAGGUGGAACUAGACUUGGAUGAAGGCGUCUCUGCUGUGGGAUGGGAAGAGAGUACUGUUGAGGGCGAUGAGGAGGAGAUCAUGUAUGAAGAUGGUGUUGAUAGGAGUGGGCACAGGGACAGGAGCGGGACUGCCAGACCUGAUUCCUCUAGAGGGGAAAACCUAUACACACAUUCUCAAUCACGCGAAAGCUUGUAUCAAGCUGCUUCUAGAUCCCACUCAUCCCCAUUAUCAAGGCGCCUCCCAACCAGCUCCCCUUCUCCACCAGCCCUGCCCGACCUACCUUCUCAUUCUAUAAGCGGGAGUGAGGAAGAGCAAGAAAUUGAUACAUACUCGUUAAGACGGGCGAGGAUGUUUAGUGGGGAGAGAAAGGGAAAGAUGCCAAUGGUUGGCAAUGGGAGUGAUGCCUCGGCAUCGGCAUCGGCAUCAAGAUCUAGGUCAUAUUCUCGGUCGCUGUCUGUACGUUUGAAUGAAGACGAAGACAAGGAGGCAACAAAAGAAUACCAGAUGGAGGAUGAAGCGGUGAAAUACAAUGCCCCAGGAGAGAAAUUCUUAGAAGAGGUGUGGGAAGGCGGGGGUGUUACAAUAGAGAGGGAACAGUCAAAUUAUCAUUCUUCUGAUCGGAGCUCCCGUACUCCUCUGCCCACGAACCAUCGCCAUACUCCUUCCCCUGUCCGCCUGCCCGUUCGUCACAGUCGUGCACGUACGCCUCCGACCACUUUUCAGACGGGUACCACACCCAGUUCGACAACCACUUCGCCUGGGCAACGGCAACCUCAAACAUUAUUAUCAUCACGAGCGUUGUCGCAAUCACAAUCCCCGACCCAAACUCCCAAAUUCCCUACCCCGCUUCCCUCUUCGCAAUCGAAUGCCAAUCCAGUACAAAAGCAACUUGCGACCCCUUCUCAUUCUCAUUCACAAACUCUUGCCCUCGGUCCGACGCCCCGACCCCCAGGGGCAUGGAACAUUACUCCCUUUCCGCAACGUCCACAGCGCGAACCUGAGCCACCACGCCAUCAAGAUCAGAUAGCAAGUGAGAGUGGGAGUAAAACAGGGAGAGUGAGGUUUUCCCCGUUGAGAUAUGAAGCUACGAUACAUAGAGAGGAUUAUGAAAGAGAGGAUGAAAUGGAGAAAAAAGGGAAAAGGGAAGAAGAGAGAGGUGAUGUGUCGAUUCUGACUUUGAGUUUAUCUCCUCGGCACAAAAACCCUAAAAGUCCCAAAAGUCCAAAGAAUUCAAAGAGCCGAACGAGUCCUGAGAGGCAGAUAAGAGAGGGAAAAAUGGACGGAGACAUUGGAGAUAUCAGUUGGACCGCCAAGUUGGCUAGAAGUGUUACUUCGCGAAUAUCCAUCCCUAUGCGGUCGACGACAUACAAUUCCCAUCUUCCGCAGCUCACUUCUGCCCACACCCACACUCAAACAGCUUCUUCCAAACUCCAAACCGCCCAACAAUCAUGGCUUGCUGCUCUCUCCUCCAUUUCCACUUCUCACCCACAUCUUCACCAACACAAUCAACACGCCCCUUCAAAUUCCCCAACCAGUCUGGCGUUAAGGACAUCACAGACUUUAGGCAAAGGGAUGAACAAAGCUGUCGGCUGGAGUCGCUGGGUAUGGUGGGUCCUGAUGGAAAUGGUACUCCUCUGGGCAGUGUUUAGGGUGACCCUGGAUUAUGCCGGGUCCGGUGUUUAUCUCGGUAGAGAUCCGUUCCAUCCCUUAUCACGCCCUCUUGGUCUAGGCCCUCCUCCGUCCCUUUCAUCACCUCCAUCAUUUAGUGUUGGUGGAACGCCAGACAUGAUGGAGAGAGACAGGGAGACGAACGCACAGCGUCAAUGGGCCAAAGCGUCACGCUAUGUGAAUCUUGAAAUUCCUAUACCAGGUAGUCUGAAGACUUUGGUAGGUAAACAGGGAAGCGCGAAUUUCUUUGAUCUAGUGGAGAGCUGGGGUUGGGGCACAGCCUUUUUUGGGGAAGGAGAACCGGCUGGAACCUGGGCUGGAGUGCCGACAUAGUACCAAAUUGGUAAUCUUUUCAUGAUUCGGGCAAGUAAUAGUAGGAAAGAAAGAGUAGAGGGUAAUUUGUGAAUUGUUGUCGUUGUUAUCGAAGAUACCAUUCUUGGUUUGUAUCGAUAUAGUCGUAUUUUAUAGUUAUUGAGUUUCGGGCUUUUUUGAUGCUCACGAACAUUAUGUUAUGAUCAAUGAUAGCCCGUCUCGAGUCUCAUUAUAAUUAUUACUAGUGGGCAAAACUGGUAUAGUGAUGUAAC